CACCUUCAAAACGAAGCUCCAGAAGAUGUUGAGACUUGAGAGGUCAGUGAUGCAGCCGUCAAUUUGUACGCACGUCAACUUGUAAAUACUGCUCAGUACAAUUAAGUACAUAUCAAAAGAAAUUCGUCAACUUGUACACCCGUCAUGGCGUCGGCCAUUUUAGCGAGAUAUGAGUGGAGCGCACACAGUGCAAGAGAGAAGAAGGAAACAAAACUACAAAAGCGAACCUUUCUUCAACUUUUCUUUCCCUAUUCGACUUCUGCAAGAAUUUCUCUCCUUUUUCUAGCGUGUCCACGGGGUUUGGAAGAGCACGGGUCCCUGACAUCUCAUGAUGGCAUAGCCUCUGCACUCACAGCAGGAUUCCUGGUUGAUUUGGGUCUGGAUGCAUCAACCCCUGACACUUACCGACCCCCUCCUGCACCUCUUCCUUAUGAUUUUCUCUUGAGAUGUCCACAAUCACCAGAUUCUCUCUUCGCCGGAGAAACAAUUAUUGGCAGUAGCUUUGGAACUUUGACUACAUGUGAAGAUCUUGAGGAAUCAGACUGCAAAGCUCAAGCCAAUUCUUUCUGUGUCUCACCAAGAAAGUUAGAAGGUCCAAAUUUGAAUGAGACUAAUGUAUCUUCAGUGGAGGAGGAGGAUGUUUGUCCUAUUUGCCUUGAAGAGUAUGAUUCUGAGAAUCCAAAUAUUAUCACGAGAUGUGAGCACCACUUUCACCUCUCCUGCAUUCUUGAAUGGAGGGAAAGAAGUAAUGCCUGCCCUAUAUGUGAUCAGGUAUCUGGUUUGCCUCUCACAAAUAUAUGCAUUGUUUAGUUUCCACUUUCUUAUUAUAAUACAGUACGUUCUUGGCUUUAUGCCAACUUCUGCAUGGAUGGGCCCAAGUGUGAGCCAAUGACACAGCCAUGGGCCCUUUAAAAUAUGAAGAAUUCUUUAAGCACUUCUCCUUUGCAUCAAGUAAAUUGAUGGCCACCUGAAUUAUAUUUUGUCAAUUUUAAAUUUUGUUGGUCUCAAACCAAAAGAACUAGCCAGAUUAUUUAAUGUUUUAAACAGAUCAAGCAAACCUUUAAAAUAGUGACAUAAUUAAUAUUUUUAUUGUCAUCCUAUUAGAAUGAUUAUUACCUCUCUUAUAUUUUUCUUCGAAUUAUAAUUUAUGGUUAACUUUUUUUUUUAUCAACAUGAUCCCCCUUGGCACUCCUGGUAGUUUGUCCUUAGUCCUGCUGCAAGUUCUAAUGUCCUUAUGGAGGUUGUUUCAUCAAAAAUGAAAAAAUUUUAAAGAACUAUGAACUUACCCAGAGUUUUUUUUUUUUUUGGGUGGUGAGAUAACUGAUACUGACGAUGACUGUGACUUUGAACAUCGGUAAUCGGUAAGUGUAUGAACUAGAACUGCUAAUUUUUUAGUAAUUAGACAUGGCUUUUAGUUAUAAUGUAAUGUUUACUUC